AAAAUGUAGAGUGUCUGUAGGCGGAGAGUCAGUGGGCUCGCCUCGCCUCGCCUCGCCUCGCCGUGGAGCUGUGUGGUGUCGGGCAGCAGGAGGAGCCGACACCGACAGAAGAGACCGAUUCAAAGAAAGACACCAGCGGUGCGCGAAUGCACAAAACUGGGCUUUGAAUUGCACCGGCGGAAUACGGGUCGGGUCGGACGGUUUUUCACGGGAAGCGUGGACAGAAAAGGGGUGCCGGUUGACCACGGACACGGAGACCCUCCAAAAAGAAAAAAAGGAAGGGGGAGAAAAAAAAAACAGCAAAAGGAAUCGGCAAGAGGAGGGGGGGGAAGAGCGGCGGCGGCAGCAGCAGCAGCAGCAGCAGCAGCAGCAGCCGGGGCUCUCUGUGUUAUUGGAGAAACUGACUCCGCGCUGGCAGCCCCCUUCUUUCCGUGUCAUGUAAUGGAAACGCGCUUCUGGUCGGCGGCGUCUGAAACGCAUCAGCGGAAAUAUAUAUCGGCGACUCCCAUGGCUAAUUGUGUCAAGUGGCGUCUUGAGUUCGCCGGUGGAUGCACUCGGGAGCCGGCUGCCCUGCCGUGCCCAGCGCCAUGCUGAGGCGACACGUUCGCAACGACAGGGAGCACUCGGUUCAACCGGUGGGAAAGCUGUGGAAAAAGUUGGUGGAGAAUCUACGCUGCGAGCCUCGAUUUUGAUUUCCCUUUUUUCCCUCCUUCUCCUCUUUUAUUUUGACCUAGAUAUUCCGUAGCGCGCCGAAGCUCGGCUGCUUUUCCCCCCCUCCAGCUCCGCUACUGCUUUUUUUUUUUUUUUUUUUUUUUUGCUCAAGUGGCAUUCGCCCCGGCUUCCUCUUAAACGUCGAGGGGGCGGCCGCCUUUCUGAGGUUCGCAGCUCGCAAAAUGGAUGUUCGAAUUCGCGGCCGGCCUCUGCUGGAGUUGAAAAUGUGAGGGGGGGUGCGGGGGCGCGGGAUGAAGGGACCCCUAUGAAGAGGAGGAAUAGGUGGAACAGCAGCGCUCGAUCAAAAUGGCCCAAACCAGUUUGCUGCAGGGGAAGCGCUUUUACUGCCGGGAGUGGGUCUUCCACAAGAUCCAGCAUUGUCUCCAGGAGAAAACCAACAGUCUCGGCGGAGUGACCAGCACUCCCAGCAAGCAGCCCCCGCUGGCGCCCGGCGGGGGCGCGUCCAACCCGGGCACCCUCACGGCGGGGUCCGCGAAGUCCUCGGGUGGCUCCUCCUGGGGCGUGCUGCUGGUGGGGGGGCCGGGGAGCGGGAAGACGGCCCUGUGCACGGAGCUCCUGUGGCCCACGUCGGCCCAGGGGACCCACCGCGGCCUGCACCAGCAGAGCCUGGCCUUCCACUUCUGCCGGGCGGACGACUCGGACACGCUGUGCGUCGGCGGCUUCGUCCGGGCUCUGGUGGCCCAGAUCUGCCGCAGCGGGCUGGUGCCGGGCUACGAGGAGAAGGUGCGCGACCCGGCCGUGCAGAGCGCCCUGCAGCCCGGAGAGUGCGAGAGGAACCCCACGGAGGCUUUCAAGAGGUGCGUCCUCUUGCCUCUCCUGAGCGCGAAGCCUCCUCAGCAGGCGCUCUUCCUGCUUGUGGACUCUAUCGAUGAGGGCUGUCAGCUGGGUGAAGGGGAGCAGAGGUCCUCCCCUGGUUCCCCCAGGACCAUCGCCGAGCUUCUGGCCAGUCACCACGAGUUCCUGCCUCCCUGGCUGCUGCUCAUCUGCUCGGCAAGACGUCAGAACAAGGCCAUUACCAAACUGUUCACAGGAUUCCGCAAAAUCAGCCUUGAUGAUCUGCGCAAGGCCUACAUCGUCAAGGAUGUGCAACAGUACAUCCUUCACAGGCUGGAUCAGGAGGAGGCCCUGAGGCAGCACCUGACCAAGGAGACGGCCGAGAUGCUCAACCAACUUCACAUUAAAAGCAGCGGUUGUUUCCUGUACCUGGAGCGCGUGCUGGAUGGCGUGGUGGAGAACUUUAUCAUGCUUCGCGAGAUCCGUGACAUCCCUGGCACUCUCAAUGGCCUCUAUCUGUGGCUCUGCCAGAGACUAUUUGUCAGAAAACAGUUUGCCAAAGUCCAACCAAUUCUCAAUGUAAUCCUUGCAACUUGCAGGCCACUCACAGUCAAGGAACUGUACCACGCAGUCUGGACCAAAAACAUGACACUGACUAUGGAAGAGUUUCAGAAAAAGAUGGACAUUCUCUCCAAGUUGUUGGUUGAUGGCCUUGGGAGUACUAAAAUCCUUUUUCACUACAGUUUUGCAGAGUGGCUACUGGAUGUUAAACAUUGCACCCAGAAGUAUUUGUGCAAUGCAGCAGAGGGACACAGAAUGUUGGCCAUGAGUUACACUUGUCGGGCAAAGCAACUCAAACCACUCGAAGUGCAAGAAUUUGCACUGCACCUUGUCAAUUCUAAUUUGCAGAUUGAGCCAUUUAAUCUGGCUCUUUGGAUGGUUUGGAAUGGGACUCCUGCUAAAGACUCCCUGAGCACCUCCAUACCAAGAGAACAGGAGGUUUUGCAACUUCUGGUCAAAGCUGGAGCUCAUGUUAACAACGAGGACGACCACGCUUCAUGUAUUGUACAGCAGGCCCUAGAAAGAGAGGACUCAAUACGGACAUUACUUGACAACGGGGCAUCUGUGAAUCAGUGCGACUCCAGUGGAAGAACGUUGCUGGGCAAUGCUGCGUACAGUGGAAACCUUGACGUUGUUAACUUACUCAUAUCUAGAGGGGCAAACAUGGAGCUAGAAGACAACCAUGGACAAACGGCACUUACGCUUGCUGCGAGGCAGGGCCACACCAAAGUGGUCAACUGCUUAAUUGGCUGUGAGGCCAACAUAAACCACACAGAUCACGACGGUUGGACUGCCCUGCGCUCAGCAGCCUGGGGCGGACAUUCGGAAGUUGUGUCCGCUCUGCUUUAUGCCGGCGCCAAAGUGGACUGUGCUGAUGCUGACGGCAGAACUGCUUUGAGAGCUGCCGCUUGGGGAGGUCACGAGGACAUUGUGUUGAACCUUCUUCAGCAUGGAGCUGAGGUCAACAAAGCAGACAAUGAAGGAAGAACAGCUCUCAUUGCUGCAGCAUACAUGGGACACAGAGAGAUUGUUGAGCACCUACUGGACCAUGGGGCUGAGGUUAAUCAUGAAGAUGUUGAUGGGAGGACCGCCCUUUCAGUUGCUGCUCUCUGUGUUCCUGCUAGUAAAGGCCACGCGUCAGUUGUGAGCCUUUUGAUCGACAGAGGAGCAGAGGUUGACCACUGUGACAAAGACUGCAUGACUCCCCUUCUCGUAGCUGGCUAUGAAGGACACGUAGAUGUAGUUGAUCUGCUUUUAGAAGGCGGAGCCGAUGUUGAUCACACUGACAACAAUGGGCGCACCCCUCUUCUGGCUGCUGCAUCAAUGGGCCACGCAUCGGUUGUCAACACAUUACUUUUCUGGGGGGCUGCUGUUGAUAGCAUCGACAGCGAGGGAAGGACUGUGCUGAGCAUCGCGUCUGCUCAGGGAAACGUGGAGGUGGUCAGGACUCUGCUGGACAGAGGUCUGGAUGAGAAUCACAGGGAUGACGCAGGCUGGACCCCGCUACACAUGGCUUCAUUUGAGGGUCACCGCCAAGUGUGUGAUGCCCUUAUUGAACAAGGUGCCCGUUGCACGGAGGUAGAUAAUGAUGGUAGAAUACCCCUGAUAUUAGCUGCACAAGAGGGACAUUACGACUGUGUGCAAAUUCUUCUGGAAAACAAGUCAUGCAUUGACCAGAGAGGAUAUGAUGGGAGGAAUGCUCUCAGGGUAGCUGCACUAGAAGGUCACAGGGACAUUGUUGAACUGCUACUGAGCCACGAUGCUGACAUAGAUUACAAAGAUGCAGACGGACGCCCAACACUCUACAUACUGGCACUUGAAAAUCAGCUGGCCAUGACAGAGUAUUUCCUUGAAAAUGGAGCAAAUGUGGAGGCUUGUGACACCGAGGGAAGAACGGCCCUCCACGUAUCCUGCUGGCAAGGGCAUGUUGAAAUGGCGAGGCUGCUGAUUAACUAUCAUGCUGAUGUGAAUGCCUGUGACAAUGAGAAGCGAUCUGCCCUCCAGUCGGCUGCAUGGCAAGGCCAUACAAAAGUUGUGCAGUUUUUGAUAGAGAAUGGCACCCAUGUGGAUCACACAUGCAACCAGGGAGCAACAGCACUAGGCAUCGCUGCUCAGGAGGGUCACAUCGAAGUUGUGCAGAUACUUCUGGAAAACGGUGCCGACCCCAACCACGCCGAUCAGUUUGGACGGACGGCAAUGAGGGUGGCAGCCAAAGGUGGCCAUUCAAUGAUCAUAAAACUUCUGGAAAAAUACGGAGCCACAACUCUUAACGGCUGCAACCCCUCCCCAGUGCAUACCAUGGAAGAAAAAACGCCAUUGGCAGUGACUGGUAAAAUGCAGUCCCUCACCAUCAAAUCAAGUAGUUCUGGCAGCACUGGGGCAGGAGAUAUGCAGUCGUCUGGACGCGGUCUAACCAACGGGCCUGUCCAUGCCUUCAGCUCACCAUCAGAAUCUCCUGAUUCAACUGUAGAUAGACAGAAAUCCUCCCUGUCAAAUAAUUCCCUCAAGAGCUCCAAGAACUCGUCCUUGAGAACCACAUCGUCUACAGCCACAGCGCAGACUGUGCCAAUCGACAGCUUUCAUGGACUGACUUUUACAGAACAAAUUCAGCAGCACUCACUGCCUCGCAGCCGGAGCAGACAGUCUAUUGUGUCCCCUUCCUCUACGACAAAAUCCAUCGGUCAGCAACCGUCAUCUCCAUCCAAUGACUUUGACUGGUCUCAGCUGAAACCUAGUCUGAAGUCGGCAAAGGGAACCAAAACCGGCAACGGGACGUCAAAUGGCAAAGCAGCACUGGGAGACAAGAAGAAGAUCAAGAACAGCGGAUCAACCCAAGGCCAGGUUUUGGAGUACGAGAUGACCCAGUUCGACAAGAGGAUUGCCCUCAACAAAUCAGUAGCCAACAUCGCCGUGAAGGACCCUCAUUGUAAGAUCAUGAUCGGUAGUUCACUACAGCAGGAAAGGGUGCAAUGCCAAGAUCAGUUAUUCAUCCAGCAACAGAGCUGUUCUGAGAAGAGGAGGAAUGGGAUCAUGACCAACCCCAACUAUCAUCUUCAGGGCAAUCAGGUUUUCUUGAGUAGGGUGUCGGUUCCUCGGACUGUGCAGAACAGAGGCCACCAGGAUGUUCUAGAGAACUAUCCCAUAGGGGAAACAGAGCUAAGCCUUAAACAAGCCCUGAAACUGCAGAUUGAAGGAUCAGACCCUGGGUUUAACUACAAAAAGGAGACUCCAUUAUAGCUGAUGUCUUGAAUGCCAUUCGUCAUGCAGCCGUUGGAGGGAAUGUGCCAAAGCAACUGUUUUCAUCUGCAUAAAAAUCCUAGCUCCAUUAUUCAUUGUUUUUUUUUUUUGUUUUUUUUUUCUUUCCAUCUGUGGGAGACCUCAAAAAUAAUACCUAGGGAGGAUUGUUGAUUGCUGCCUGAGGCUUAUGUGAACUGAUACUUUGACGUGCCUACAUCUGUUACAGCCUUCUUCGUGUAUUCAUGCAAGCUAUCAUUUUUAAUUUAAUGUAAUGCUAUUUAAUAAACAGUGUAUGCACUUUUAAAAAGAGUAAAAUGACAGACAUGCAUUUGUUUUAUUCACUUCGUAUCCCAUCCAUGUUUUAUCAAAGUUUGAAACAUACCAAUGCUUUUUUUUCUUUCUUUUUUUUUUUUUUAAAUAUAUAUAUUAUGUUUGUUCUGUCGUCUUUUUAACACUGACAGCAAUGUGCCACUGCGUACAUUGUCACAAUACAGAGGACUUAACAGCAACUGAUGCCAUGGCAAAAGAUUUAAACCGCAAUGAUAGUCUGCCUUUCUAGAGACCCCAAAUAAUCUGUGUUAACUUUGAUCAGUGUGCUAAACCUAUGUUGUGUGUGAUAUGUUAAUAGCUACGGCAGUUUACUUCACAAGUAUAUACAAGCGUAUUUAUUUUUUCUGGAAAAAAGCCACUUUUGUUUUUUUUUGCAUUACGUUCUAUCAUGGUGCUGUGUUCAGAAGUUGCCUGCAGUUAUUUUCGCACUCCCGAUUUUGUUGGCUUUGUGCGUUGUGUAUUAUUAUCUAAGAAAGAGGGACAUUCAUUGAGCAAAAAAGAAAAAAAAAAAACUUUCAUUUUGUCCCUAUGGGAUUUUUUCAGUUGUCGUGUUGUGUGUUUAUGUUUCCGCGUGUGCGUAAAGAAUAUUUAAAUAACUCAUCGUGUACCGUCGGCAGAGGUUUGGUGCUGAACGCAACGAUUUCAAGUGAAAGCAGUGAUUUAAAAUAAAUAAAUGAAAAAUGCAUUUGUCCGCAGAGUUAUAGCCUACUGCACCGCAACAAAACAAAACCUGAGCUUUCCUUAUUGUCGUGUGGUUCAUUUACGGUAAUUCCUGCUGGACUUUUCAGGGGCAUGACACACACACAUU